AUGGUCAAGGCGAAGAAGUUGUUACUCAAGUACGUCAAUGUUUUCUCGUCAAACGAAGCUGACAUAGGAAAGACUGGCUUAGUUCAACACAAAAUAAACACAGGACAAGAAUUGCCUAUUCGUCAGCGGCCAAGAAGAUUGCCUGUAGCACGUGAAAAGGAAGUGGAAACCAUGAUUGAGGCAAUGGUGAAGGAUGGUGUUAUUGAACCUUCAUCUAGUCCAUGGUGUUCACCUGUGGUGCUGGUAAAGAAGAAGGACGGCAGCAUGCGGUUUUGUGUUGACUAUCGCCGCCUGAACGACGUUACAAAGAAGGACAGCUAUCCCUUGCCAAGAAUUGAUGACACGCUGGACAUGCUUACAGGCGUAAAGUGGUUUAGUACGCUAGAUCUGAAAAGUGGCUACUGGCAGGUUGAAAUUGACCCUAAGGACAAGGAGAAAACUGCAUUCUCCACAGGAAAGGGUCCGUGGCAAUUCAAAGUCAUGCCGUUUGGAUUGUGCAAUGCUCCAGCAACGUUUGAAAGGUUGAUGGAGCUUGUACUUACCGGGCUAAUUGGAGAUGCUUGUCUGGUCUAUUUGGAUGACAUCAUCAUCGUAGGCCGUACGUUUGAGGAACACCUUCAAAACCUGGAACGUGUGCUCAUGAAGAUCCAGAGUGCCAACCUCAAGUUGAGUCCAAAGAAGUGCUCACUAUUCAAACGGCAAGUUAGUUUUUUGGGGUAUGUAGUGUCGGAAGAAGGUAUCCGCACGGAUCCAGAGAAAAUUGCUGCUGUCAAAGAGUGGCCGGUCCCAAAAGACAAGACACAGGUUAGAGCAUUUUUGGGUUUAUGCUCUUAUUAUCGGCGAUUUGUGAAGAACUUUGCAGAUAUAGCCAAACCUCUGCACAAGCUAACCGAGGAGAAGCGACAUUUCUGCUGGGAUGAAAGUUGCGAUAUUGCAUUCCAGGAGCUCAAGAACCGUCUGUGCAAAACACCUAUUUUGGGGUACCCUGAUGCGGGCAAGGAAUUCAUAGUUGACACAGACGCAAGUGAUAUAGGACUUGGCGUUGUGUUGUCUCAACGGAAUGGUGAUCAAGAGAUUGUGAUAGCGUACUUCAGCAAGUCGUUGUCAAAGCCGGAAAGGAACUAUUGUGUCACAAGACGGGAAUUGCUUGCUGUGGUAAAGUCCUUGCAGCAUUUUAGCAAAUAUCUCCUGGGGCGGAAAUUCUACUUACGAACUGACCAUGCUGCACUGAAAUGGCUAUUGCAGUUCAAGAAUCCUGAAGGACAAGUUGCGAGAUGGAUUGAACUACUACAGGAAUACGACUUUGUGAUCGGACAUCGCAGCGGGAAAUCUCAUGGCAAUGCAGAUGCAUUAUCAAGAAGACCUUGCCCUGAAGAUUGCAAGCAUUGUACUAGACAAGAGGGUAAAGAAGUGGUAUCUGCGAGGAUAUUCAGGACAGACCAGCUCAGCAAUGAAUGGAAGGACAGCCUACAACAUGCACAGCAGGAAGAUUCGGACAUUAAGCCGAUUCUGGAAUGGAUGAAGGCCAGUGCUCCUAAGCCCAAGUGGAGCGACGUCUCAGCAAUGAGUUCGACCACGAAAAGCUAUUGGGCCCAAUGGGACAGCAUGCUGAUUCAGGAUGGAGUCCUGUGCCGUAAAUGGGAAAAUGGUCGGGGAGACAGGUGUCAUUUGCAAAUGGUUGUCCCUAAGGCUAAAGUACCGGAUGUCCUACAGCUGUACCAUAGUGGUUGUUCAGGAGGCCACCUGGGAGUUAAGCGAACUCUCCUGAAGAUCCGAGAACGGUUUUACUGGGUCCACUGUCGUGACGAUGUCGAGGACUGGUGCCGCAAAUGUACAAGUUGUGCGGCUGUAAAGGGACCUCAAAUUCGUAGUAGAGGCGCAUUGAAAUUGUACAAUGUUGGUGCACCAUGGGAGAGGAUAGCCAUUGACGUUGCGGGGCCGUUUCCAGAAACUGAGAGUGGUAACAAGUAUUUCAUGGUAGUGAUGGAUUACUUCACUAAGUGGCCAGAAGUCUUCGCCAUUCCAAAUCAAGAAGCUUCAACAGUUGCAGAUAAACUAGUUCAUGAAGUCUUCUGUCGUUUUGGAGUACCUUUAGAGAUUCACAGCGAUCAAGGAAGGAAUUUUGAGUCUCAAAUAUUCCAGGAAACUUGCCGAGUUAUGGGUACUCAGAAAACACGAACAACUUCUUACCACCCACAAUCUGAUGGAAUGGUAGAAAGAUUUAAUCAGACAUUGGAGAGGUACCUAGCAAAAGUUGUGGAAAAACGGCAACGAGACUGGGACAGGCACAUACAACCGUUUUUGUUGUCAUAUCGAAGCGCUGUUCACGAAAGUACAUCAGUGACACCAGCUUUCGCAAGCUUUGGGAGAGAAUUGCGGCUGCCUGCAGACCUGAUCACCGGAAUACCACCUGAUGCCCCACGCAGUAUAACCGAUUAUGCAAAUGACUUGCGGAACAAAAUGAAUGACAUUUAUGAGCACGUCAGACAGACGGGCCAGCAAACGUCUGAGAAGAUGAAAACACGGUAUGACCGCAAAAUGAACAACAAGGGCUUCGAUGAAGGUUCACUAGUGUGGUUACACAAUCCAGUUCGCAGCAAAGGGAAAUCUCCUAAGCUUCAAGCUAAAUGGGACGGACCGUACCGGAUUGUGACAAGGAUCAAUGAUGUAACCUACCGGAUACAGAAAGGUGCCAGAGGUACUCCUAAGAUUGUCCAUGUGGAUCGACUGGCGCGUUAUUAUGGGGCCAAUAAUGCUCGGGACGAGCAUGUCUUAGGAGGGGGCAGUGUUGCGCGCCACUAUUAA